AUGACAGGUAAAAAAGUCGACAUUGAUGACCUAGAGGAUAUGCUUGAUGAAUAUAUACAGAUUGACUUCAACUGCACGGCUGAGGAUGGCAGCCAACGUGUGGUCGCUGAGUUGAUUUUUGAGGCCAUUUCUAAAGUUGACGCUGGUGAUAUGGAAUGGAUAAAAAAGACUGCAAUCGAGUAUGAACAAAAGCUGCAGAAGAAAACAGAAUCUGGAAAGCGCGUCGAAUAUUUCGUGGAUGAUGCUUUAGAAGCACAACGAGCAAAACUGGCAUCGGCGGCCGCAGAAGCCAAAGCCGCGGAGACCGCUGCUGCUCGCGCAGAGGAAGAGGCAGCAAUGGAAGAAGAUGAUGGGUGGACAACAGUGAAGAAAAGAUAG